CAUGUCCUUUGGGAGCUUAACCUAAUGAUUCCAUCCACAUUCGUUGUGACUAUUCCAUUUGCUUAAGUCCCAGGAGACUACAGCAAACGAGUGUAUCAAGGAGUGAGAGUGAAGCAUACAGUCAAAGAUCUCCUGGCAGAAAAACGAUCCGGGCAGACAAGUAACUCAAGACUUACUCCAUGUGAACACACAGUGAGAAGCCAGCUUUCUGCAAACCGGAAAGAGGGCCCGCACUAAAAACCACACCUAGAUCUCAGACUUCCAGUCUCCUGAACUGGCAGCGUCAGUUCCUGUCAGUCUCCAUUUGUGCAGAUGCCAGGUUCGCCGGUCACGUCAGGUUACUACGGUGUCAGAAGAUCUUUCUUAUCUGACUCAGACUUCCACAACAGUAAACAGUUUUCAAAUGACGUCUACACCUCCAGCGUGGGGAAGCCGUUUCCCUGUGAGUCCUCCGCAGGGCAGAGCCAUGCGGCUCUCCUGGAGCCCUACUUCCCCCAGGAGCCCUACGGAGACUACCGGCCUCCGGCGCUGACGCCCAACGCGGGCUCUCUGUUCAGCGCCUCGCCCCUGCCGCCGCUCCUGCCACCGCCCUUCCCCGGAGACCCAGCUCACUUCCUAUUUAGGGACUCAUGGGAGCAGACGUUGCCCGACGGUCUCAGCCAGCCUGACCCUGUGUCUGCCGAUGCCCUGCUGACCUUGCCACCCAGCACGAGUUGCCUCUCCCAGCUUGAGUCCGGGAGCAUCGCCCAGCACAGGGGCUCAAGCUGGGGGUCAUCCCUGGCUGGGGCUCAGUCCUACUCGCUGCAUGCUCUGGAAGAUCUGCACCACACUCCGGGGUACCCUACCCCGCCUCCUUACCCCUUCACCCCUUUCAUGACGGUGUCAAAUGACCUACCGCCCAAGAUGGGGCCGCUCUCCCCAGACGAGGAAGCAGACACCGGUUCCCUCCAUGACCCUUCCCCUUGGGUGAAAGAAGAUGGGAGUAUUGCCUGGGGGUCAUAUGAAUGCCGCAGAGCGUAUUGAGGGGAGGGCCAAAUGACUUCUGGGUUUUUCUUUAACUUGAGGUGUAUUCCAAAGAUCAUUUUAGGAGUGUCAGCUCAUUCAGGACUGGAUUUUCAGAAUAAGCCUCAAUGCCACUCUUUGUUAGUGGACAAGGGCAUUUAUUUGUAAUCCUCUCCACUGUAGCCCCACUGAAAUAAAACAGAAUGUUAAUUAAAUGUAUCAGAGACCGUAUUCUAGUAAGAUAACCCUACAAUGUGGUCUUUUUGGAACUGUUGUAACCCAUUACGUUCUGAAUCUUCUGUUAUCUUUGAAGUAUCAUUUUUGGCACUGAUUUUUCUUAAAUUACAUUAAAAAGUUUA